ACAUGUCAGUCUUUCUUUGCUUCCGUAUUUGCAAAUAAAAUAAUGCAAGUCGCAUUGGAACGAACGACACCGCGCUCUGUUGAUUUUCUACGGGGAGUACUUGAACGUAUAGACUUCUUCCUGGUUCAAACAUUAUUUGAUUUAAACUAUAUUUUUUGUUAAGAAUCAAACACGACGGUAAUAUAUAUUGAGAUAAGCAGUGAUAUUAAUGCUUUAUCUGCAUUGAGGACGAUGGAACAUCGUUACGGUUUAUGGACUUUGACAAGUGUGUUGAUAUACAAUUGUCUUGUGGGUUUGAGCAUCCAGCAGGUACCCGCAAUCAUACGCAAUGCGUGUUACGGUACAAAUCCCGCCUGCGACUUCUUCAGUCUUCAAUGCUCGAGUAACUCGAUCAUUCGUUUUAUAAACCUGAUUGCGGGAAGUAAGGAUACUAUGAUGUGCCCACAGGACGACCACUGUGGCAAAACACCUGACUGCUGCAGCUACAAGGACGCUGAUCCAACGGCAACAUUCACCCUGGAGCACACGUACCAGGCUUAUCGAAACUGCUCCGGACGCACCACCUGCUCAGACAUACAGGCGCCUUGGCAGGUCAUCAACACCACCACAGGGGCCACGUCAUCGUAUGUGCAGCUAGAAUAUGUGUGUGAUAACGUUGUUGACAAGAUGCCAAUGUGUGGAGGACCCUUCAAGAAAACUAACAAAGUCACCAACUCCACCGAUAUCUGGUUCGACGGAUCAACAGAGACCUAUGAUCCAACACUAGCAAGCAAAGAAUGCAAAUGUUCGCUCACUAAUCUGCAUACACAGACUUUGACCACGCUCAUUCUGGACUGGAUAGACGUACGUCAGGAGAGCCACUACCGUGACGUCAACGCCUCCUCGGCAAUGUGUUCCAGCGCCAUAUUUACGACCGAGGGAUUCUUUCAGCGUUGUAAGGAAUCAACCGAACAUUGGAAAGAUAACUUUAUAUAUAAUAGCCCACAUUACAUCACCUUGUUACCUGGACGGACAACGGAAGUGCUCCUGAAAGAUAUUCACAAGAACGGUGCACGUGACUCACCAGCCAUGAUCUGGUUCAAUGCAAGAGCCUAUCCUGACAUGCUGCUGAAUAUCACCUGCGAAGAAGUUAUACCCGCAGUAUUUACUACAACUACAUCAGCAACCACUACUACUUCAUCAACAACAACUACCCCACAACCAACAACACCACAACCAACAACAACUACUCCACAACCAGCAACAACUACACCACAACCAACAACAACACCACAACCAACAACAACACCACAACCAACAACAACUACACCACAACCAAUAACUACACCACAAACAACAACAACACCACAACCAACAACAACUACAUCACAACCAACAACUACACCACAACCAACAACUACACCACAACCAACAACAACUACACAACAACCAACAACUACACCACAACCAACAACUACACCACAACCAACAACAACUACACCACAACAACCAACAACUACAUCACAACCAACAACUACGCCACAACCAACAACAACUACACCACACCCAACAAUUGCACCACAACCAACAACUACACCAAAACCAACAACUACACCACAGCCAAUAACAACAACUACACCACAACCAACAACAACACCACAACCAACAACUACUACACCACAACCAACAACUACAUCACAACCACCAACACCUAUAUCAAAACCAACAACAACGCCACAACCAACAGAAAAUAAGCCACUACCAACACCAACUGCACCACAAAUACCAACCGAAAUUCAGACAACUAAGACUUCUGCAAUCCCCAUAGCUGAGAAGAAAGUGGGCGGCAAGAUGAAUCAACUGUAUUAUCUGGCCAUCUUCAUUCCUAUCGGCGUCGCUAUCACCCUUUUCGUCAUCUUCUUCAUGUGGUGUUACUAUAAGAGGACCAGUAAUAAUCAUAAUAUGAUGGCUCAUCUAUCAAAACAAAGAACGAAAUCAGAAAAAAUCCGCUUCCUCUCGAUGGACGAAAUCAUCAAGCGCGAGAACGGUACCCUGAAUCGAUUCAGUAAUGGUUCACGGCCAGGAUCUUUAUACAGUGUCAGGAAACCAGUAUACGCAGUGGGGCCAAACCGGAAUUCUGCACCGCAAUCCCCAAUGAGAUCUGUACCAUAUAUAAUACCGGAGUCUACUGAUCUCCAAGAUGACGGCGGAAACGCGCCCGGGAAACAUGUUUCUUAUAUCCGCCUGCGAGACAGUCGGAAAACACCCAUGACAAACGGUGGUCCAGGCGGAAAUGACGGCCCAGUGUCUAACUCGGCAUUUGCCCUUACCCAGUCUGUAAAAGACUUGUCAGAUGUCUAUGACCCCAGCAAUUCCUCUCCAGAAUCGACUUCACUCGAUCACGAAAAAUCAAAACCCGAAAGUGUUUUGAAUAAGAACAAAAUGUUAGAAGAUGGGGCAGUUACCAUUCAUGUAAACAAUAUAAGUAACCCGAGCGUUCCUUCCUUGACAAGGUCCGGACCGUCUUCGGUUAACUCCGGAAGCUAAAAGAUUCGUUUCAAAAGCGUUCGGACGUCCAAAAAUGAUUCGGAAUCAUUAUGAAACAACUGAGAAAAUCAAAUACUUGUUUCUAGACAAACCGAGGAAAUAUUUAGCGGAUAAAGACAUAUACGUAUGAUCUACUAAUGUUUGAGAUGUGAUAAUUAAGAGUUAUUUCAAAAAAGUUAUGCUUAAAUCCCCUGCCAUCCAUAUUAAGUUGUCGCUACAGCCUACAAUAAAAAUCAAUCUUGUAUUGGAAAAUACAUGGUUGCUUCUUUAGUAAAUGAAAGAAACAGAGGAUGCCAUGUUUGUGUUAAAAACAGUUAGGUCUUUUAAGCCAGGUCUAAGAACCUUAAACUACGAUAACUGACGAGCUGUUAAAGUAUCAUACCUGUUUUCAACAGUUACCUGCUAUCCCAUUGAUUUAUACAAUCUCGCAAUUAUAUUCCUUAAUUUCACGUUGUAGGAUCACUUUUCUUUAUUUUAAUUACAAACACAAAGAAAAUUGCUGUUAAACACGCACAUUUUCUAAGAGGUAUGAACAUAAAUAUAAGCGCGCUCAAUACUGUAUGCGGUUGCUGUGUUUAACAAAGUGGGAAUGUAUCAUAGUUUAUACCGCGGUGUAUUAUUUCAGCCUCACCAUGGAAAAAGGGGAAUUUAAUGUAUAUGUGAAUAGUGUCGUCCCAUAUUAGCCUGUUCAGUCCGCAGAGGAUAGAUAAGGACGACACUUUCCCGCAUUAAUGGUAUUUUAAGGAAGUUUAAAGAAAGUCUCUUCUUUGUGAAAAUCAAAUUUAAGACGAAAGUGUCGUCCCUGAUUACCUUAUGCAGACUGCACAGGCUAAUCUAAAACAAUUAUUUUUAAACAUAAAUUAAGCCCAGUUUUCACAGAGCGACGCUAAGUUCAUGAAUGUAGGCUUGAUGAUGUGAUAUAUGCCUUUUAGAGGCAAUAUAGAGAAAAAUAAUAUUGUAUUUGUUUUAUUCAUCUUGAGAUACGCUGUAUAUAUUGUUCAUGUCAUAUUGUUAAUAGAUGCACAUUAUAUGUUUGAACGAUCAAAUUGUAAGAAAAAUUAUUGACAUUACCGACUUCUGAUUUUUUUAUCGGAAGUGAAAUCAAGGAGAAAUAUAUACUCAUACGUAACUGUUGACGAUUUCUCAAUAACGUAACCAAUUAAUCAUUAUACUUGCAUAUUGCUUUAUUGUUAUUUUAUGUAUACGCUUAAGUCUGUCCUGUUAAAUCCUAAGGAUAGGAUUAAAAAAUGUUUUCUAUGAGUGACAAUUAGUUUAUCCAGUCUGUGAUAAACAUAUACCAUAUACAUUAUCGUAUAUAUUAUCGUAUUGUUUAUGUUCGUGGUGCGUCAUGUGACGUGUUCAUACCCGUAACCUAGAAUAGUGCAUUUUUAAUUACGCAAAUUAAAAAGCGUAAAAUCCUAUAACGCGGUUGAUCAAACAUAUAAAUAAUUUAUAUAUUAAUGACUUGUUAAAUUAAAGUACGGUAUCUAAAGAAAGUUCACAGUGAAAAUAUAAAUCAGCGAAAGUUUAUUCAUUCAGUGGAAACGACGACGACCGAUAUUACUGGGGCUGUUGCUCCUCCUUCUCCUAUUAUUAUCACCACCACAAUAGCAUUAGUUACUACUGAUGAUGCUUAUUAUAUCUUCACUUCGGCAACAUUAACAAUAAACAUUGCGUAAAAUAUUUAUGUCAUUAUAUUUACUUUCAUAAAAAACGUUUUCACUGUCUACGAACCUAUUGCAUAUAAUGAUUUAUUCUAAAGGACUUUUAUUCGUGUAUUCAUGUAUCAUGAAGAACAUAUUAAACGUCGUUUAAAUGA